UAUUUUUAAUGUAUAUUUUUUUAAAUACCCAUAUAAAAUUUGGAAUUAUUUUUCAAUAAAAUAAAAUAAUACCAAAUAAAAUAACCCAUUUUUAUUGAUAGUGAUCACCUUCAUAUUUUACUAGUUUAUGGCUGAUUGUUUCAAGGAAGAUUAUAUUCAAGAUUGAAUUUUUGCAUCUGGGUAUUUCUUUCUUUCCUUUUUUUUUUUUAAUAAAUUUGAGCUAGGAUUUUUGUGAAUCGAGUUAAGGUUGGAGAGUUCCUUACAGGCAAAAAGACGGGAAUAAAUCCUUCAUGAUGUUACUGUUUAGUUCUGUAAUUGGAUCUCAAAACUGUGCAUACAAGUUCUAAUCAAGAUGCCUUGAAUAUUUGUACAUAAGAGAAGGAUCAAUGGUUUAUUAGAUCAUCGAGAAUCAUAGGUUGGCCUAGUAUAUAAAGGCCUUCUUUUUCACUUCGGGAAAAGGAAUCGAUUCCACUCCCCCUGUUGUCUGUAGGAGAUUCACUAGCCUUAACCCGACAAAAAAGGGUUUACAAGAUCAACAAAUUUAGUAAAAAAAUGGCUAUGGAACCUACAAUUAAGCUUGUUUUAGGCUCAAUAGCCUUUGGAGUCUUUUGGGUAUUAGCAGUUUUUCCUGCUGUCCCUUUCCUACCCAUUGGAAGAACAGCAGGAUCACUCUUAGGUGGUAUGCUUAUGGUCAUAUUCGGAGUAAUAUCCCCCGAUCAAGCCUACGCCUCAAUCGAUCUUCCUAUACUCGGUCUCCUUUUCGGUACAAUGGUAGUUAGUGUGUACCUAGAAAGAGCUGAUAUGUUCAAAUACUUAGGUAAAUUACUUGCUUGGAAAAGUAAAGGGGCUAAAGAUUUGAUUUUCAGAAUCUGCAUAAUUUCUGCAGUGUCUAGUGCCUUUUUCACAAAUGAUACUUCUUGUGUUGUUUUAACUGAGUUUGUAUUAAAGAUUGCUAGACAACACAAUUUGCCCCCUCACCCCUUUUUACUUGCACUAGCUUCUAGCGCGAAUAUUGGAUCCUCGGCAACACCAAUUGGCAACCCGCAAAAUCUUGUGAUCGCGGUCUUAAGUAAGAUUUCAUUCGGGGAAUUCUUAGUAGGGAUUCUCCCGGCUAUGAUUGUGGGUGUUUUUGUAAACGCGUUGAUCAUAAUAGGCAUGUUUUGGAAGUUGUUAUCGACUUCAAAAGAUGAGGAAGAUUCGUGUUCAGAAUCAGUUGGUCAAGAUGAAUUUACUUCUCAUAGAUUUUCGCCCGCCACAAUGUCACAUAUAUCUCCUUCUGGUUCUUUGAUAUUGGAUGGGAAUCAUACUUUUCCGGGUGUAAAUGGAGUAUCGGAUCAUGUAGAGACUUUAAGAAACCGUCUAAAUGUGUCUGAUAACGAAAUCCAUAGUGCGGAUUCUUCUCGAAGAACAGGGGAAUUUCAGCAAGCUGAGAGAACCGAAAGUGUAAGAGACGGGUUCAUUACACAGUUGAUGUUAUUCGUUAGGAAAGCAAUGAAUGAAAAGUCGAAGCAUGUAGUUUGGAAAGUAUGUGUGUAUCUUAUCACUAUAGGCAUGUUAAUCGCGUUGUUAAUGGGUUUGAAUAUGUCAUGGACUGCAAUGACUGCUGCAUUGGCUCUUAUAGUGCUCGAUUUCAAGGAUGCUCGCCCUUCACUCGAAAAGGUAUCAUAUUCACUUCUAAUAUUCUUCUGUGGAAUGUUCAUCACUGUCGAUGGAUUCAAUAAGACAGGCAUUCCGGGCAAAUUAUGGGACGUUAUGGGGCCGUAUUCACAGGUUGAUCGUGUUGUCGGGAUAGUAAUCCUUGCACUGGUCAUAUUGGUGCUCUCUAACUUGGUAUCAAAUGUUCCUACUGUUUUGUUGUUGGGUGGACAAGUAGCUGCAUCCGCAGCAGCAAUAUCCGCAUCAAAAGAGAGAAAGGCGUGGCUAAUUCUAGCUUGGGUUAGCACUGUGGCCGGAAACUUAUCACUUCUCGGAUCAGCUGCCAACUUAAUCGUUUGUGAACAAGCUCGAUUUUCACCAUAUUUAGGCUACAACCUCACCUUUUGGAGACAUCUUAAAUUUGGAGUUCCAUCCACACUUAUUGUUACUGCUAUUGGCUUACUUUUAAUUAGAGGUUGAUAACAUAUUUCUUCAAGUUUAGUAUUCAUAAUGAAGAAAUAUACUCAAAGAACAUGAAUCCAUGACUUAGAGCUCUAUGCUCUUAGAAGAUCAUGUUGAAUACAUGUAUAGUACCUUUUUUGCUAAGAAUUGUAUCAUUUUGUUAGUUCUGUAAAAUCUUGCAUAGCAAUGAACCGAUGAUCUAUUAUGUUGAUUUUCGAUUUGUGUAGCCAACUUUGAUGUUGUUUCAUAGUUUUGUAAAUUAUCACGUAUUCAAUUUCUUUGGAAUAUUAAUAAAAUAAUAUUAUUAUUU